UCGGUCGACUUCGACUCCUUAAUUUCGGAGCGAGGUUUCUUCUUCCUUCAGAACUAGGGUUUUCUGGGAUUCUCGAAUCGAUAAAAGCCAUGUCUGAACGACAAGACACAGGAGAUGUUUCUCUUUCCGUCAAACACGAGGAAGAUGUUUCGCCUGAAUCUUUAGCUUGGGCUGAUUCCUGCAUCAUCAGCUUCCCUGGUGAUUCCGACAACAAUGACUGGGGAACGUUUAGAGAUGCUUUAACAGAAAUCAUUGAUAUCCAUCCACAGAUCUUUGUUCCUUCAUCUACAGAAACAACAACAGGUGUUCGGUCUCGAGACGAGGUUAUGACCGAAGCCGAGUCAGUUCAGAUACCACAAGCUGCUGACAGUUCUUCGAGUGAACAAGUCAGCGAGAUUGUCUCUUUUCUCACAUUUGAAUCAGACCCGUCGAAGAACUCUUUGCCAGAUCAUUACUUUCCGGCAGAGAACAGAACAACCAAUGGACCAGUGGACAAUCACACAAGAUGUAUUGAAAGUAUAGAAGAGGAUGGUUCUGUGAGCGACGGAGAGGCGAAUGAAGAACCAGUGUCAGAAACGCCUCAAGUCGUCAAGGAUGAUUUCAUGAGCAGCAGUUACGUUGAAGACGACAACGCUGACGAAGUUGAUGCUUUGGAGGAUCCGGGUAACCUUACUCCACAAGAGAUCUUCAAGGUGUGGGAUCUUAAGAUCGUGGGAGAGGAUGAUGAUGAGGAAGAUGGGUUGGGGCUUCAAGUGAAGAAAGCACUCGAUGAGUUUUCCACGGUCCAGCCACCCAAUGAUGAUGAUCAUGUUGUUGUGGAGAAGAGUUAUAUCGAUGAUCUGAUAGCUGGGAUAACGGAUCUGUCUCUCGCGGAAACAUUUGAGUGAAGAAAAGAUGAAUUCAAGUGUAUUUUGUUAAUUUGACAUCAGUAACUCUCUUUUGUUUUAA